AUGUUAACAGAAGAAAAGACAAUUCAAGCAGUAAUGACUAUAGUUGGCACUGUUGCUAAAGGUUCAACAAUUCAUAAGCAACUUCAAGAUUAUUCCCACCAAAUUUGGUAGUACCUUUUUUAGUAGUUCCUCCCUUGCUGGUAAAGAAAAUGUGAAUCCUGUCUCAAAUGGGCAAGCACUGAAUUCAAAUUGAAGUUUGAAUCAUGAGGUCUCUGCUCCACCUUCCACUGUGCAAUGUGAAUCAGAAAUGGCACCCCUUAGCACUCUUUCUAAUGCUUAUGAUGAGCUACAGCUUCAGUAGAUAUCAGAUUGUAAUGUUAAUAACCAACAGCAACAACAGAAUAUUUCAAGUUUUAUUUAAAGUACAAUUGAUCCAUCUGAAGUACAACUGCCAACAGUCCAAACAGAAACAUUAUUUAUUGAAACUCUCACAGAAAAGCAAAUGCAAAUUGAAAUGGCAAGAAGAGGACAAUCAAUGAAUCCUGCUUGGUUUGAACAAAAGCAAAACAGAAUGACUGCCAGUAUCUGUAAAGAUGUCUUUUCUCAUAUGCAAAAACAGGGGUCAAAAUUACCAGAAAAUCUAGUAAAAAAAAUUACAGCAAAAGGAGCACCCCCAAAAAUGGUCAGCUAUAUACUCACAAAGGAUUGA